GCGGGGCUCGGCUCGGCAGCCGCUCGAUGCGCUCGGCAGCUCGGCUGCGGCCGCCUCGGGUUGAAAGGUCGCCGUUCGAUGCGCUCGGUUGCUAGGCGCUCGCCGUCCUGGCGAUGAAUGGCGGCUGUUGCUGAGAGUCUGCUGGCGGACACUGGGAGAGACUGCGGUAGACCAGUGUGCUGAGUGGACAUCAUGGCUCAGACCCUGCAGAUGGAGAUUCCGAACUUUGGGAACAACAUCCUGGAAUGUCUGAAUGAGCAGCGGCUGCAGGGAUUGUACUGUGAUGUAUCCAUUGUGGUCAAGGGACAGGCUUUCAAGGCUCAUCGUGCAGUCCUGGCAGCCAGCAGCUCCUACUUCCGGGAUCUCUUCAGCUCCAAUAACUGCACGAGCUUCGAGCUUCCCACUGCUGUCCAGCAGCAGUCCUUCCAGCAGAUCCUGAGCUUCUGCUACACGGGCAGGCUCAGCAUGAACAUGGGCGACCAGUUCCUCCUGAUGUACACGGCCGGCUUCCUGCAGAUCCAGCAGAUCAUGGACAAGGAGACGGAGUUCUGCCUGAAGGUCGGCUCGCCGCAGUGCGACUCGCAGGGGCUGCAGGUGGAGGAGACGGCGUCUGAGCCCCCCAGCCCCGCCCAGCCGCCCCGCUCUCUCGCGGCCACUCCCCUCUCGCUGGUGUCGCGGGUCAAGACGGAGCAAGCCGAGUCGGACUCCAUCCAGUUCACCCCCAUCGGCAAGCGGCUGUGGGACAGCGGGCCGCGGGAAGGCAACGGCAGCGUGGGCUCCAAGCACCAGCGCGUCUCCCACGCGGGGCGGCAACAGAGCUGUGGGGGCAGCGCGGACCGCACCAGCCCCGGCACCUCCAGUGCCUACACCAGCGACAGCCCCAACUCCUACCAGAAUGAAGAGGACGAGGAGGAGGAGGGCAGUGAAGACAUGACUGAGGAGCACUACAGGCAGAUCUGUAACAUGUACACAAUGUACAGCAUGAUGAAUGUAGGACAGCCAGCGACUGAGCGGGUUGACGCGCUGCCCGACCACCUGACUACAGAUGCCCGGUCGAGGGUCAGGAUGAGGAGGGACCUGGCGGCGUUGCCAGCCGAGCUGAUCACCCAGAUCGGAAACCUAUGUCACCCCAAGCUCUACGCGGCAGGUGACCCCACAGAGAAGCUGGAGCUUGUAACAGGAACCAGCGUGUUCAUCACUCGAGCCCAGUUAAUGAAUUGCCACGUCUGUGCAGGAACCCGCCACAAAGUCUUACUCCGAAGGUUGCUCGCAUCCUUCUUUGACCGGAACACGUUGGCAAACAGCUGCGGCACCGGAAUCCGUUCCUCCACAAAUGACCCGAGCCGGAAGCCUUUGGACAGUCGGGUUCUCAAUGCUGUAAAAAUCUACUGCCAGAGCUUCGCCCCCAACUUCAAGGAGAGCGAGAUGAACGCCAUAGCUGCGGACAUGUGCACCAAUGCCCGCCGCGUGGUCCGCAAGAGCUGGAUCCCCAAGUUGAAGCUGCUGAAGGUGGAAGGGGACGCCUACCACUCCUUUAUCUCGGACACCACAGGGCUCAACCUGGAGUCGGACGUACUGAACGCAGAGCCGGGCUUCGAGGCCACCAGCCACGACGGCGAGGCGGGCUCUUCCCUGGAGUCGGCCUAAUGGCGAGAAAGAUCUGACCAGGAGGUGUCGAAAUCCAGGGUUCAACCUAGAAUGACUCAUGAAGUGGAGAAUGGAAAGCGACCUGGCGACUUGACACACGCGCGUACACACACACACACACACACACACACACACACACACACA